AUGCCCUGCACUCGCGGGCGAAGGCAACCCAGCGGCCUGCCGGACCCCGAUAUGUGCCUGGUGCCAGAAGCGGAGGAGGAGCCGCCGGCGCACGUGCCGAUCACGAGCGAGGCGCUGUCGCGGGGGCGGUGGCUGGUGGGCCUGAUGGCGGCGCAGUCCCUAAGCAGCGUCAUCCUGGACCGCUACAGCGACCUGCUGAGUCACCACCUGGUCAUCACCCUCUUCCUCACCAUGCUCGUCGGCGCGGGUGGCAACGCCGGCAACCAGUCCAGCAUCAAGGUCAUCCGCGGCCUGGCCACUGGGGCGCUGGACACCUCCGACGCCUGCAUCCGCGCGACACUGCUGGAGCAGGCGGUCGUUGGGAUCCUGCUGGGCGGCGCCCUCAGCGCGGCCGGCUUUGCGCGCGUCUACCUCACCAACGGCAGCCUGGCCAACUCGACGGCCAUCGGCCUCAGCGUGCUGGGGAUCGUGGCGUCGUCCUGCCUGCUGGGCAGCGGGCUGCCGUUUGUUCUGGCGCGCGCGGGCGUCGACCCCGCAAACGCGGGGACGUCGAUACAGGUGCUCAUGGACGUGUUGGGUGUUGGCAUCACGUGCGUGACGUGCGACAUCGUGCUGACUCAGCUUGCAGCAGUUGUUUGA